AUGAAGUAUCUUGAAACCUUUAAAGAAAAGCUUGCAGGAAUCAAGAGUUCCGGGUCUCAAAAAGCCAAUCUUUACUCGCUGCUAAUUGUUGCUGCCAGUACGCUGAUUCUUGGAAUCUACUACUGGUUCCUAACAAGCAUUUCUAAAGCUGCGCCAGAGUUUAUCAAAAUCAAGUACGAUGCCUUCUUUUCGCGUGUUUACUACACCGUAUUGGGCUUUAUGAUCUCUGCCGGUAUUGUCAAGCUUGAUGUUUCGGGAGAUCACCUUGAUCCAAACACAAACGCAAUUCUCGUUUCAAAUCAUCGAUCUUUUGCCGAUUACGCUGUUUUAGGACACAUUGCAGAAAAGGAAAACAUGCGUGGCCGUUACAAUUUCUUUUCUUGGAAACGAUGCUUUCGGUUGCCUGACUGGAAGGCUGGUCUCAAGUCUCUUCAAGUCUCACAAAACUGGAGUCUUUCGGAGUCUGAAAUUUAUUCUGUUUUUUCUGAAGCCGUUAAUACCAAAAAGUCAUUUUGGAUUAUCAUAUUUCCUGAAGUCAAUAUCAUUUCCAAUCUUAAAAUUGAACAACACAAGAAGUUUUGCUUAGAAAAUGGUCUUCCAGAACUAAAAAAUGUCUUGUACCCAAGGUUCCCAGCUUUUGUCCAGGCUAGUACCGUUUUAGGCAGCAACGGCUACAAGAAUCUCUACGACAUUACUAUUCUCUAUUCAAAGCGAGAUGACGAAACUGGCGAUAAGCAAUUUGUAACAGCGCCCAGUAUUCUAGACUUUAUUUUUGGUCAGCUCGCAUCGUCACCUUGGUACAUUGAUGUUUACAUUGAGCGACAGUCUCUAAUGGCCAUUAACCUCGACCGCCGUAACUUGGAAAAGUGGUUGGAAAAAACGUGGCUCAAUAAAGAAACUGUCAUUGGAAAUUACAUUGGUCAACAGGAACGGGUUGACCAGUGUACUAACGUCAAUGACUCAGAAGAGCCUGAGGGUAAAAAGAACCCCUUCAAAAAGCUCUUUAAACGACGCCCAAAGGAAGAGCGUGUAGUAUAG